AUGUCUCAUGUCCGAAAUUUAUUUACAUGGUUGAAAGAUAAGAAAAAAAAAUCUUUUACAAGGUUAAAAGAAGAUUCAUCUAAUAAUGAAGCUACUUCUGAAAAUGACAUAUCAAAUAUAAUUGGUACAAAAAAUAAACAUAAUAAAUCACUUAAUAGGGAAACCUCAUCAAAAAUAGAUAAGAAACAUGAUAAAAAUGAGACGAAUAUUAUGAAUAUGAGUUUGUAUGCUGGAAAUAUUCAUACGGAGCCUUCAAGUUUGACAAAUUUGGAUACGAGUAAUUAUAAAUCAUUAUCAACAAAAAGUUUAGAUGAUAAGAAUAUUAAUAAGAAGAAACGUAAUAUUAUGAGUGAAAAUUAUAAAAAAAAUGAUGAUAAAUUGAGUAAGAAUAAAAAUAAUGAACUUAAAAGUAGUUGUAAUAGAGGGCAAUUUAAAAGGACAAGCGAAGUUUAUUGGAUUCCACAAAAAGAACCAAUAAUUGAUGAGAUUGUUAUUGAUAAGUGCAAAAAUAUUUUUGGUUCUGGUAACUCAGUUUAUUGUUCAGAUGUUAAAGAACAUACUUCAAAUAUAUUUCAAAUUUCAAGUGAUGUAUGUUUAAGGUUUGAUAACAAAAACCAAAAUGAUAGUAUAGUUAGUAGUAAUAAAGAAGUAAAUAUUGUUGUAUCAAAAAAAGAUAAUACUCCAGAAGAGGAGGGUUCUAGUGAUACAGCAAAGAGAAAAAUUUCUCAAUCUAUUUCAGAUUUAAGAAUUUAUGAAGUAAUUCCAAUAAAAGAGGAGAGAAGGGGUAGUAUAACGAGAAUUAUAAGAAGAAUACCUUCUUUUAAAAAAGAAGAGAUAGGUUGUGAUAAACCAACAGUAUUAGCAGUGUGUUUUUUGGAUAAAAAUAAAAUAAAAGAAGGUAUGUCAAAUAGUUAUCAUGUUUUUAUGGAAGACCCAGAAGAAAUGUUACUUUCAUCAGCAAAAGGAGCAAUGAAAGGACAAUCUUCAAAAAAAGAUGGAUCAUCAAUAAAAAUGCCAUUAACACCAUCCUCUUCUGCUAUUAAUGUUGGUGAUAAAUCAGUAAGUUUGUUGAAAAAAUUAAGAGACAAAUCUGGAAAAAAUAUUACUAGUAAAAGCUCAUCAAACUUUCAAAGAAGUGAAUCUUUGGAUGAACAGGCAAAUAUUAGUAUAAAAGAAAAGGUAGAAGAAAAAGGUAAUUUUAUGUUACAAUCAUCAAGUAUUGGAGAAAAAUUGGAGGAAAAAACACAAUCUUUAAAAAUUACAGAUUCAUAUAAAGAAGAAAAUAGAAGUGAAAGAAGUGGAAGUAAUAUUUCAAGUGAAAAUUUAUCAUUAAAACUUCCAAAACCAGAUAGUGUCUCAUCAUUACCAAAAACAGGAAGUAAACCAAAUAUUUCUGUAGAAGGUGAAGAAGACGACGUUUUUAUAACACCAAGAGAAGAUAAUAAUUUUAUAGAAAAAGAAGAAGAGAAAGAAGAUAGUAAUAAUAUUGUAAAUGAAAAAAUGAAUAUACAAGAUAACUCAUCACCAUCACCUACAAUUCAAAAAACAAAUAGUGAUUUAUUAUCUUCUAUUGAAGAAGGUGUCCCUCUCCAAGAACCAUCAACAUCUAAAAGUUGUAAUACAUUAAAGGUAUCCAAAACAAUUAGUAAUGGAAAUAAUAUUUUAUCUUCAACACGACAUUCAUCUUUAACAAAAGGUUUAGCAUUUGAAACAUUAAGUUGUAAUGAUGAUACAAGUACAAAAGAUUUAAAUCAAAAAAAAUUUUUUGAACAGAUGGAGAAACGUCGUCAAAGUUUGGCUCUUAGAAGAGCAAGUAAUGUACAGUUAGUACAAAGUGUUUCUGGAAGAAGAACAUCAACAACAUUAAUUCCCUUAACUUUAGCACAAAUUCAUCUUAUCAGAUCGCUAUGGCGUCAAAUUUAUGUUAGCAAAGGACCAACUGUAAUUGGGCAAACAAUAUUUCAUAGAUUUUUCUUUAGAAAUUCUGCUAAUAGAGAUCAAUUUAGAAGAUGCCCAUUACCAGAAGGUUUUCCAAAUCAUGAUUCUUUUUCAAAAGCUCAUUGUAAAGCAACAGCUGAUAUGAUAGAUAAAGUUGUCCUUAAUUUAGAUAAUUUAGAAAAUAUUGCUCCAGAUCUUGAAAGAAUAGGAAGAGUUCAUGCUGAGGUAUUGAAUGGUGAUCUAAGUUCUAAGAUGUGGAAUACGAUUGCUGAAACAUUUAUUGAUUGUACACUUGAAUGGGGUGAUAAAAGAUGCCGUUCAGAGACUGUCAGGAAAGCUUGGGCUUUAAUAAUUGCUUUUAUGGUAGAAAAAAUUAAAUUAGGACAUUUAGAACAGCGUAAAGUACUUUUAUCGAUGAAAAUGAGAAAUUCACAGAUAUUUUCUGACGGCCAAUUCCAGUGA